GACUCCACCGACCGCACGGAGAACAAAUCCGAGCUAUCUCACCCGGAGGAUUUGUAGGUUGAGGCGAAAUUGCUUCCCCCUCCUCUUUGAAUUUUAAAUACCGUGGCAUCAUGUAUAGAAUCCCACUAUGUUUAAUGCGCGAAGCGAGAGCGGAAUGCGCGUCCUGUGCGGGGAAAGUUGUGGGAGUAACCUGCAGUUUUGAGACUUUUGGAGCGGGCUGGGACGCUGGGCAUCAUGCACACGGAUGUGGUGCUGGUCAAUCUGCUAGUUUGGAUGGUCGGUGUGUCCGGGCAGAUACUGCAGCAAUGCAUACACAGAUCAAAAAGAGAAAUGCCUCUAACACAAGGAUCCAGUCGCAAUAUUGGCAGCCCCAUGUUCAAGAGGAGUCCAGAUAUAACUAAAGCCUGGGGUACAAAGUCAGAGCAGCUGCUGAGGAUAGACGACCAUGACUUUACAAUGCGACCAGGAUUUGGAGGACUUCACUAUGACCCUGUAUCUGAGGCACUACUGGAAAGAUGAACGUCUGUCUUUUAGAAGCAACAACAACCUGAGCAUGACCUUCGAUAGCCGCCUGGUGAAGAAAAUCUGGGUACCUGACCUGUUUUUUGUCCACUCUAAGAAGUCCUUCAUCCACGACACAACCACUGACAACGUCAUGCUGCGACUUUACCCAGAUGGCAAAGUCCUCUACAGCCUCCGGGUGACAGUCACAUCCAUGUGUAGCAUGGAUCUAAGUCACUUUCCUCUCGACACACAGACCUGCUCUUUGGAGAUAGAGAGCUAUGCGUAUACAGAUGAUGACAUGAUGCUGUACUGGAAGAAAGGGAACAGGUCAUUAAACACAGACGAGAGAAUUUCUCUCUCCCAGUUCCUCAUCCAGGAGUUUCACACUGCCACCAAGCUGGCCUUCUACAGCAGCACAGGCUGGUACAACCGUCUGUACAUCAACUUCACUCUGCGGCGUCACGUCUUCUUUUUCCUGCUGCAGACCUACUUCCCAGCCACUCUGAUGGUCAUGCUGUCAUGGGUGUCCUUCUGGAUCGACCGCAGGGCCGUCCCUGCCAGAGUGCCACUAGGUAUAACUACGGUGCUCACCAUGUCCACCAUCAUCACUGGAGUCAAUGCCUCCAUGCCCAGGGUGUCGUACAUCAAAGCUGUGGACAUUUAUCUGUGGGUCAGUUUUGUCUUUGUGUUCCUGUCGGUGAUAGAGUACGCUGCAGUCAACUACCUGUCUACUCUAGAAGAACGCAAGGAGAAGGCACUCCGAGAGAGGCUGUCAUGUACCUGUGGUAUGGCCCAUCCUGGCAUGAUGUCAGCCAGCUACAGUGAGGUGAAUGCCAACACGACAGGGAACUAUGGCAUGCCAGAAGUGAACGGGCUGAAACAGGAGAGUAUGCUGGUGGAGCUAAGGAUGGAGAACGACCAGGUCACUGGCCAUGUUGGCUCCAACGCCUACAGCAACGUCUGGAUCGACACGCAUGUCAUAGACAAGUACUCCCGGGUCCUCUUUCCUGGAUCUUACAUACUUUUCAAUAUCAUCUACUGGUCUAGUUACUCCUAACACAAAUGGGACUCAAACAGACUUGUGGGUAACCGAGGUCUGAACAUUUUGAACUAAAGUGUGAAAAAUCUCUGCAGACUUGUGCACUCAGCUUGCAGAUUAAAGCUUUUGUGUCUUCAGAUUUGAAAGAAAGAAGAUGGAACACUUCAAUUGGAAAACAUAACUGGUGUACAUCUUAAGGCAGACCUAACUCCCCAAACACAUUCUACUUCACCUCGGUCCUUGAAUCCCAGAGGACAUGGAACAGGAGCAAUAAAGCUAAAUCUUUAGUCAGCUAAUCAAAGCACAACAACUUCCCAAUGUGGCUUCAUCUUGAUACGGUUUGUGUUCUGUAACGUGUCCUUUAAGGACGUUGAAUGUUUGUCAUGGUGCAGUUGUGUCUGGAAAUUUGGAAUUUAAGAGUUGUAAUCUGCCAGUUAAUGAUGUCCAAAUUAAGCUUCAUAGACCAUUUGUUGUAUUUGUUGACCCAACUAGAUGGCACCCUUGGUUUAA